AUGAGAGAGAAUUACUACAAUAAGAAGAAGUUGAAGUAUCUCGAGAUGCUAAGGUCUGGAAGGCCAAAGAAAAACUCAAGGGGGGACAUAAUCAAAGAUGCACCUUUCCAAAGUUCAAAGGCUGAUGUCGGAAGGAUUGAGCCAAGUAGAAAAUGGUUUAGUGGAUCCAAAACCAUAUCUCCCACGGAACUGGAUGCAUUUAGAUCUGAGACAAAGAUAGAGAGUCCUUAUAACGUACUUCUCAGUACGGGGAAGGUACCCUACUCCCUACUGGAGGAUGGAACAAAGAAGAGAAAAGCCAAGGACUUUGGGGCGGUUUUUGGAAAGAAGUCUGUAAGGAAGAAACCCAAUCUUCAAUAUAAUAGCCUAGAGGAAUUGUCUCAGCAGGUUAAAGAAGUAAAGGAAAGAAAGAAGGAGAUUAAGAAGGAGCAUGUGAAAGGGCAAAGCCAUAGGAUAUGGCUUGAGUUAUAUAAAGUUCUGGACAGUAGCGAUGUCAUUAUCCAUGUUCUUGAUGCAAGGGAUCCAUUGGGAACCAUGUGUGAUAAGAUAGCUAACUAUAUUAAGGAAGAGGCGCCUCAUAAGCAUCUUAUGUAUGUUCUGAACAAAGUAGAUCUUAUUCCGACAGGGGUCACAGCAAAGUGGUUAAGGUACUUCUCUAAGUCGCAUCCUACCAUAGCAUACCAUUCUAAUUCAAUAACGAAGAAUUAUGGAAAGGCUAAUUUGAUAGGACUGUUAAAGCAACUUAGCAAGCUAUAUAAAAAGAGACAUUUGAGUGUUGGAUUUGUUGGAUAUCCAAAUACAGGCAAGAGCAGUAUAAUAAAUACCUUAAGAAACAAGGAAGUGUGCAAGGUUGCGCCUGUUCCCGGAGAGACUAAGGUAUGGCAAUACAUAACACUCACAGGAGGAAUAUAUCUUAUAGACUGCCCGGGAAUUGUUCCCAUUCCAAACUAUGACCAAGCAGUCCUUAGGGGUGCUGUAAGAAUUGAAAACAUCGAGGAUCCUGAAGACUAUAUAGACAUGAUAAUUGAAAAGGCUAGGAACUCCAUAGCAAAGGCCUACAGGAUUCAAUUCGUUGAUUCUGCAGACUUACUUGAAAGGCUUGCAGUUAGAUUCGGUAAGCUGCGAAAGGGAGGAGAGCCCAAUACCAAUGCAGUCUCUAAAAUGAUCCUUCAUGACUGGGUCAGAGGAAAGAUCCCUUACUUUGUACCUCCAAAGGAAGAUGAUGAAGAAUAG